UGACACGAUCGUGUUCCUUGCUCUAGGUCCAUCCUGGCGGACAAAACCUCCCGCAACCUCUUCUUCUUUCUCUGCCUCAACCUCUCCUUCGCCUUCGUGGAGCUGCUGUACGGCAUCUGGAGUAACAGUUUAGGUUUAAUAUCAGAUUCUUUCCAUAUGUUUUUUGAUUGUACUGCUUUAUUGGCUGGAUUAGCAGCUUCAGUUAUUUCCAAGUGGAGGUCAAAUGAUGCUUUCUCAUAUGGAUACGUUCGAGCAGAAGUACUCGCUGGUUUUGUGAAUGGUUUAUUCCUCAUCUUUACAGCUUUCUUUAUUUUUUCCGAAGGUGUUGAGAGGGCACUGGAGCCUCCUGAUGUGCAUCAUGAGAGACUUCUUCCAGUUUCUAUACUGGGAUUUAUUGUAAAUCUUAUAGGAAUAUUUGUUUUUCAGCACGGAGGUCAUGGGCAUUCACAUGGCUCUGGGCAUGAGCACAGCCAUUCUUUAUUUAAUGGAGGUCUCAGCCAUGGGCACAGUCACAGAGGUCACAGUCACAGCCAUGAGCAUAAACAUGGACAUACUCAUGAUCAUGGCCACAGCCAUGGACUCUCUCAUGGUCAGGAUUACUGCCAUGAUGACCAUUCUCUUGAAGGGAUGACUGGUUCUAGCAAGCAGAUCUUACAAGGUGUAUUUCUACACAUUGUCGCAGACACACUUGGAAGUAUUGGUGUAAUCAUAUCAGCUUUAUUGAUGCAGAACUAUGGUCUAAUGAUAGCAGAUCCUAUUUGUUCAAUGCUGAUAGCAUUACUUAUAGGUGUGAGUAUUGUUCCACUUCUGAAAGAAUCCAUUGGAAUUUUGAUGCAGCGAACUCCUCCAUCUCUGGAAAAUGCUCUGCCUCAGUGCUAUCAGAGGGUGCAGCAGUUGCAAGGAGUUUACAGUUUACAUGAUCCACACUUCUGGACCCUCUGUACUGAUGUUUACAUAGGGACUUUGAAAUUAUUAGUUGCUCCUGAUGCUGAUGGAAGGUGGAUUCUAAGCCAAACUCACAAUAUUUUUACUCAGGCAGGAGUAAGACAGCUUUACAUACAAAUUGACGUCGCAGCCAUGUAGUGAGCUUCUGAAAUUGUGCUGUUGGACCAAAGUUUUCUGUACUGUAAUGGUAUGAAACAAGACACUUCCCAAGACAGAGCCUGCCCCUACCACUGGCCUGGAAUUGACUGAACAGACUUCUGUCUUUGGGCUAUGGAUGAAGUUGACUUCUGAGGAGUAAAUGUGGAAUGAAUGUUAUGGACUUUGGGUCUUGUCUUUUGUGGCCCCCUAAACUUGUAAGUUUUUGAAGGUUUUUUUACUUACUACAUUUGUUCCAAUAGGAAAUUAAAAUGGUGGUACUGGAAACCCUGUAACGUCUUCAGUAAAGCUGCUGAAACCACUGCUCAUUCCCAUAAAACCAGUGUUAUCAGAAAUUGGAACCUUGUUUUGUACAUAAUGUCACAAUGGCUGACAUGCUUCGAUAUAAUUGUAUGUUUGUACAAUUGUUUGUACUUUGCAAACUUAAUGAACCAAACCAUAUUGGGUUUUCAAAGUGCCUUUUAUAUCAUGAGAGGUAUUUGCCAGCAUAAGUAUGAGGCAUCAAAGGGUUUUAUUACUUCUACAAAUAUUUACUAGCAAUGUAUGUGGGGACGUUGUAUACUUGCCUAACUGUAGAUGUUAGACUUCCCUUAUUAUUGCAUUGUACCAAACAAGAAAAAUUCUGAAGGUAAAAGGCAAAGCGGUUGUAAGGAGACUUCAAAACGAGCUGGGUAUUUUGUUGCACAUAUCUUGUGGAAACUGUUCUAGUCAAGGAUUUAGGUUGAACUGCAAUUCUUAGUCUCUACAUACUGUUGAGAGUAAUGAGAUGUUACAUGAUGCUACCCGUGUUCAUAGUCACCCCAAAAACAGGCAGCUGAGGGAAUUGUUUCCAUGGUUGAUGGAAACAAUGUAUGAAGCUUUUUUUUUUUUUUUUCCUUUCCCAAACUGUAAGAGCAAACAAACCUACACCUGUUUCUUUGUGAAAGUCUAAAUCUCUUUUUAACAGCUUGUGGUAAUUCUUGCUAAAGUGAUCGGUGAGGUAAGUUUUGCCUUCCCAAAUACUAAAGAUGUGCUCCUGGUGGUUAUACCAGUAACAGAAAUAAAGACCACUCUUCAUGUUAUUCAAGAUUAUACUUUUCCAGGAUGAAAAGUCAUGGGUUUUUUCAUUAUGCCACUGUAGCCUCUUGUAUUUUCUUUGGGGAAAAAAAACAUUCUCAAUGGAGUGAGUUGUUUGUUUUUUUCCAGAUACAUUUGUUGCAUUUUGUAUUCA